UGUUUUGUUCUUCAUUUUCAAUAAAUUGUUCUGUGAUUUUCAUAUUCUUGUUCAUAGUUCAUACUUCAUACCACCGUCAUACUUCCUGUUCAUUUCUAUUCAUUUCAAAUUUUCUAUAUUGUGUGUUGUGCUUCACUUCAUUUUAAAAAUUACUCUCCUUCCUGCUUGUUAUUCGUUGUUUUUAUUAAUAUUAAUAUUGUUGAUUUGUUUAUUUCAAGUAAGACUCAUUUUGUUAAUAAAAUUUACUUCCUUUAUCUAUGGGUAUUGUAAAACGUUAUCAUGGUAAUUAAAUGUUGUUUGAGGAAUAUGAAGCUAUUCCUAAGUUAUGAUAGGGUGCUGGGACUGCUGGCUGUUAAUUGGUUAGGUCAGGACCUCGGACAGAUCUGUGGAUACAGCAUUCUACUGUCCUAUAAAGUGUUUUUCAGACAGCAUGGGUAUGGUGACAGUUGCCUUAUGACCUUCAUAAUACAUACUAUAAUCGUGAAACGUGGCAAAGUUUCAAGAGUGAAAAGAACUGUCACCAUACUCAUGCUAUCUGGACACUAUAGGUGUAGUGCAACAAUAAAGUACAAUGCUAAAAGCAAGUUUGUAUUUCAGGCGAUUAUUUGUAUGUUUUAUAUCCUAAGUUACAUGAUAGUACCUAUUAAGUUCUCGCGCUGCCGCUGCAACUGCCGGCGGGCUGUGCACCGGUGCAAGGGUGCUUGGUGCAUGCGGCAUCAUUGCAUCGUUGCACACGGCACACAGCACUACACACACACCUACUGGCUAAGGAUGAUAAUCGUUGAAAAGGCUUGUUUAUAUAGGGUCAUUUCACCUGUUCGUGUCCACUUAGUGCAGUUGGCAAGUUUGAAGGAGAAAAUAAAAAUGUCCUAGCACUAAUUUUAAUGAAAAGUUUAUUUAAUGUAUUCAUUAUAAUAGUCUAUUUUAAGGUGACGUUUAGUUUUGUUCGAAACAUCUUGUGGUUUUUUGUUUAAAAAUACAAACAUCAGAAAUGGGCCAUUUACCCAGUUUGUGUCCAUAAAAUCCAAUUUGCGUCCACCCGCUGGACCACUUGGCGUCCACCAGCUUAGACAAGGAAUAAAGGGAUGAUAUUUUUAUGAUAAUGUAAAAAUAAAUUGGAUUUUAAUAAUUUAUUGAUUAUAGAAUUAUAGUUAUUUAAAAAUCAACAUAUUAACAUUAAUAAAUCACCUAAAACAUUUCCUGUCUUUGGGCAAAGAGCAAAACCACUUUCGCCCCCAUUGAAAAUUCUUUUUGGAUCACUAAAAAUACAUGUUUGCUGUAUAUUCAUCGAAUAACUAAUUAACAUAAAUCACGAUCUAAUAGACUCUUCUUGCCUUGGCCACUAGCUUUAUAAAUGCCCUCGGAAUUUAUAAGUGAGAUUUCUUUAUUUUUGGGCAAAAUUUUUGUAAUUUUUGUUGAACCUGGACUAUAAGCUUUAUCUAUUUUAAAGCUCCCCGUCUUGUAUUUUUUUUUUAACAGUAUCUAAUAAUUCACUGGGAAUCCACAAUGGGAAACAUUUAGAAGCCGUUCAACUACUUUUUUUCACCAUCUACUUGUGGCGCAGGUUCUGAGCCCUGGUUUUUUUUACUCCAUCUGGUCUGCGCCCACUGAUUUAGUCCAAUAUUGUGGUCUUGCGAAUAGAAGAGAGAAGAAGAGGAAUUCUUUGCAUAUUUGAUCUUUUUACGAUUUUUAUUCAACACUUACCUUAAAUAUCCUUCUGUGACUGUUCUUUUUUCCUUCUACUUUCUCUUCUCCGAAGAACUCAUGUUUAACGUAAUAAAAUUCAAAUUUAAGAAAUUACAUUUCGUUCAAAGUAGAAAACAUAUUAAAGUUGUAUAAAUAAUCAAAAAUGUAUCUACAAUAGGUGAAUAGAUGGAAAUGGAAAAUGGACGCGAUUUGCUUUUGUUAUUAUUCCCUGUGGUAUAGUUUGCGUCCAUCGCGGACGCAAAGUGUAAGUUUUAUGAAUUUGGCGUAGUUAUUCGCGUCCACCUUAUUUUAACAGUGUAUCUUUACUGUAAAAAAUGUAACCAAAUUCGUAAUUAAUAUAAAGCCUUUUAUCAUAAUUAACGUCUAGAAAUAGCUAAUGUAUCCAAAAUACACAUAAAACAGUAAAAGACUUUCCUUCAAACGCACCGCUGCUCACUAUUUUUGUCUCACAAUCCCGCUCUCUUGUUGAACAGCCGUCACUAAAUGUUUUUUUUUACACAGGAUUGGUUGGGCGCACGGAACUAUGGUCUAUCUGUGCGUGUCUCUUAUUUAUUGAGGUAUUGGUGGUAAUGACUUUUCGACUUAUUGGUGUGUUAGUAUACUUAAUUUCGAGAGUUUUCAAAUGGACGCGAACAGGCGAACUUACCCUACUGGGUGUAAGGGACACGCUACCGAAAACUUAAUCCUGUGAUUCAGUACAUGAUUUCGCCGCUGACCUCGGUCACGCCGGCGUUGGUUCCCGGCGCAGCGAUGGGUGCGGCGCGCAUGGCGGCGUGGCGCGUGCACGCGUACGGCGCGCGCGCCGAGCUGCGGCUGGACCGCGCGCGCGUGCCGGCGCUGCGGGACCCGCGCGACGUGCUGGUGCGCGUGCGCGCCGCCUCGCUCAACCCGCUCGACGUGGCCAUGAUCGGCGGGCCCGGCGCCGCGCGCGCUGAGCGCGCUGCAGGCGGGCGGCGCGCUGUACGCGGCGCUGACGGCGUGCGCGGCGCUGCGCGCGGCGGGGCUGCGGCCGGGCGCGCCGGCGCGCGGCGAGCGCGUGCUGCUGCUGGGGCUGGGCGGCGUGGGGCAGGCGGCGCUGCAGCUGCUGGCGCGCGCCGGCGCCGAGGUGGUGGCGGGCUGCUCGGCGGAGCUGCGGCCGCGCGCGGAGGCGCUGGGCGCCGCGCUGGUGCUGGACCGCGCCGCCGCCGACUACGCGCGCGCGCUGGAGGAGUGCGGCCCGUACGGCGCGAUCCUGGACUGCGCGGGGCUGGGCGGCGCGGAGGCGGGCGCGCGGCGCUGGCGCUUCGGCCGCUACGUGACGCUCAGCAGUCCGCUGCUGCGGCACACGGACGCGGGCGGGAUGGCGCUGGGCGCGCUGCGCGCGGGCGCCGAGCUGGCGGCGCAAUGCGCGGCGGCGGGGCGGGACGGGUGCGCGCCGCGCGUGCGCUGGGCGUUCUUCGCGCCGCGCGAGAGCGACAUCGAGACGCUGCGCCGCCUCGCCGAGCGCGGCCAGUUCACGGUGGCGGUGGAGCGCGUGUUCGGCUGGUGGGAGGCGGAGCGCGCCUACGAGCGCAUGGCGCAGGGCCACGCGCGCGGCAAGCUGCUGCUGGACUUCACCGCCCGGCGGCCCGCGGCGGUCGACGCGACGGCCGCUGCACACGACGCGACAGUCGCGGCGCGCGUCUAAUACGAUUAACUAACGCUUAGUAAAUUAUAAAAACCUGUAAAAGUUCCAAUUGUACAUUGAAGAUAUUUAAAAAAAAUGUUGUAGGGCGCGUAAUCAAUACUGAAAUCAUAACUGAAGCCUGCUUGAUCGAAUCGGAACUGGUUUUUGUCUGUCUGUGUAUCUGUCGACUUGAGAGCAUAAUACGAAUGAGACUAUACAGGAUACUUUUUGUCACGAAAUAGGAGUUGUACGUUUGUUUGUAUGGAAAGUCCUAUAUUUUUCAAGUUACAUACUUCGUAAUUUAUAUGUUUAUACCAACUAUAAAAAAAAAAAAACGCGCAUACUAUAGUUGGAAGCUUUGUAAUUAAAUUUUUUUUAGAGUUAAAUAAAGCUUGAAGUUGUUUUUUAAAUAUAAAUCAUUCAUGUUUUUAGUUAUAUUUUUGUAAAAUUAUUAGUGAACUAUAUUUAUAUAAUACAUGUUAAAAUGGCGAUCCCGCACUACAGCGCAGUGUCGGCCGACCCCCCACCAGGUGGACUGACGACAUCGAGCGAGUCGCAGGGAUUCGCUGGAAGCAGGCGGCUCAGUAUCGUGAUGUUUGGAAGUUCCUACGAAAGGCCUGCAGUGGACGUCCAUCGGCUGUGAUGACAUGUGAAAAUAUAACUCGGCUGAGUUAAUGUUUGUAGUAAAUUAUAAUCCAUAUUUUACGUAUUUAUGUGUAUGAAAUCAAGUUUUCCAGAACUAGUAAAUGAAGACAUACUUGAAAGGUUAAAAUGUGUGAUAUGUUUGUUGCAAACGUCAACUCUGUGAACCAUUAGUGCGCCCAAAGUCAUGUAACACGGCAACAUUUGUAUGUGUAUGUUUGGGUUACAUGAUAACAUGAGUUAGUUGUAAAAAUAUAUUAGAUACAUAACUAAUUAAACAGAUAGGUUUAUUUAGUUAUGUAUCUACCUCGAAAAAAUCGCUAGAUAGGAAAAUAAGACAAUACACAAUUAUAAAACUU